GAGAGAGAGAGAGAGAGAGAGACAAAUAUAAGAAGGAAAAUUUAGAGAGGAUGGGUUAUAGUUCUGCAAUUCGGCUAUGUUUAUGCAUCUUCUUUGCACUUUCGAUUGUCUCUUCGGCUCGACUCAGUUUAUCAUUUCCAGAAAAUGAAAAGAUGGUGGUGAGAGGUAGAUCAUUGAUGAUGGUGCACAUGACCAAUGACUACGACGAGCCAUCGGCCAACCGUAGACACAACCCACCUGGUGGGAGGCGUGGAGGAGGUAGGAGAGGGGGAAGAUAAACAUAACAAAAUGUUUUCUUACUAUGAAGAGAAAAAUAACAAGAUUAUGUUUUAGAUAUAUAUAUAUAUUUACAUAUUUAUAUAUUUCAGUCUUACUCCUUUUCUCUCAGCAUUUCAUGUCUUUAUAUACUGAGAAAUAAAACCUUUUGCAAAUAAUAUGUACUUAUAAAUUAAUAAACAUGUAUGAACACUUGUG